GCUCCGCUGUCCCCAGCAGCCUGGAAUGGGUAAUGGUGUGAAGGAAGGCGCGGUGCGAUUGCGUGAGGAUGCCGACACCGUCCUGCCCUCAUCCGUCCCUUCAAAGACCGAUCACAGGCAAGUUCUCAGCUCCCUCUUUUCUGGGGCCCUGGCUGGCGCUCUUGCCAAAACGGCAGUAGCUCCCUUGGACCGAACCAAAAUCAUUUUCCAAGUAUCUUCAAAACGAUUUUCUGCGAAGGAGGCCUUCCGGCUGCUCUACUACACCUACCUCCACGAGGGCUUCUUCAGCCUCUGGCGCGGGAACUCGGCCACCAUGGUGCGAGUGGUGCCCUACGCCGCCAUCCAGUUCAGCGCGCAUGAGGAGUACAAGCGAAUCCUGGGCCGCUACUACGGCUUCCGUGGAGAAGCCCUGCCCCCCUGGCCUCGCCUCCUGGCAGGGGCCCUCGCCGGAAUCACAGCUGCUUCACUUACCUACCCCCUGGACCUGGUCCGAGCCCGCAUGGCCGUGACCCCCAAGGAAAUGUACAGCAACAUCUUUCACGUCUUCAUCCGCAUCUCCCGGGAGGAGGGCCUGAGGACUCUCUACCACGGCUUCACGCCCACCGUGCUGGGCGUCAUCCCCUACGCCGGGCUGAGCUUCUUCACCUACGAGACUCUCAAGAGCCUGCACAGAGAGUACAGCGGCCACCGGCAGCCCCAUCCCUUCGAGCGCAUGAUCUUCGGGGCCUGCGCGGGCAUCAUCGGGCAGUCCGCCUCGUACCCGCUGGACGUGGUGCGCAGGCGCAUGCAGACGGCUGGCAUCACGGGCCACCCGCGCACCUCCAUCGCCUGCACGCUGAGCACCAUAGUGCGGGAGGAGGGCGUGGUGCGCGGCCUCUACAAGGGCCUGAGCAUGAACUGGCUCAAGGGCCCCAUCGCCGUGGGCAUCAGCUUCACCACCUUCGACCUCAUGCAGAUCCUGCUGCGGCGCCUGCAGAGCUAGGGGCCGGCGCGUGGCCGCCCUCAGGACCGGGAGCCACGCCCCAGCACGCGGAGGGCCGCUGACCCUGGGCACUGAGGGGGCACUGGCUCUGCCCAGAGCCACGUGGGAAUGUCUGGUGGAACAAGCGGGCAGGCCAGGGGGCCUGGGCUCGGUGCCCAUGGGCCCGCGAGGAACGCCAGAGGCCCUUGAAGUGCAGUGUUGGGGCCAGGAGCCCACAGCCUCUCCUCUUCCCUCCUCCCUGGAGCUGGCCCUGCUUCCCGAAGUGCCCCUCCCCGCAAAACACCCUGACACGGGAGUGACCAGCGCCACCUCCUGGUGCUCUGUGCCCAUGGACACGCUCCUGGUACUAGUGACCCUGUCCCUACUAGGCUCAGAGCCAGACUCCGCCCGCCCCUUAGUGGCCCCAGCUGUGCUCAGUGCUCAGGGUGGAGUAGCCCAGAGUGGGGAGAGGCCUGGCCUCACCUGUUCACAUGGGACCAGUCUCCUGCUCAGCUGCGGCUACAGAUGCAGCCUCUUGCCUGCCCUUCCCCCCUUCUCCCCUUUCCUUACCAGGUGGCAUGACUCCGCAGCCCCCAGAGUCUUCCGCUGGCGAACAGCCUUCUCCAAGUGAUCCUGAUCCUGACUUCAUGCCAGGGUGGGGCCCUGGAGCCAGUUUUACCCCCUGAUGCCCACCCUACAGCUGCACCCAUGGAGGCCGAGCCUCCUGCCCUGACCUUCUACCAACAGGUGCAGAGGCUUCUGGGGGACCUAUAGCAUCUGGCACAUCCUGGACUCCCCACCUGAGUGGGCGCUUGGCCCGGAUAAAGCCUCCAGAGCUGUCUCAUUUCCAUGAAUGGAGUGCAUGGAGGGGGGUGGUAGCCUUGAUCUUACCCAGUUGGGAGCCUGAGACAGUGUGUGGCUUGGGGUGGGCAGUUCAGAAGAGUUUAGUUACCAUGGGGCACCCCCAGGGAGCUGGUCUCAAGAGAGAAGUUCCCGCCCCCCGGGUAUCACAAGGACUCAGAAACACCCAUUACCUACUGACAUUGGAAGGUGUUCGGCUCUUUUGGUUUUAAAAUCUGGCUGACCUUGGGUCUAGUCACAGUACACCCUCACCAGCCCCAUCAUGUGUGAAAUGAUCUGUGUGCCUGCUCCACACUCAUCCCCAGUCAUGGCCCAUUUCUUACCUUUGCUCUGUCCCACGUCGGUUCUUGCCUUGGACCUGUGGUGUGCCCGCCCUUGCAUGUGUCCAUGGCCGGCCCCCGGAUCAUUCCCAGGCUCUGUCCCCAGGGACCCAGGCAGCCUGUGAUCGCUGUCCUGUGGGUGUUUCACCUCCUCUCCCAGCCUUGCCCAGCACUCAGGAGAGGCGGGAUCCCUCACAGGAGACAGAUGGGGGCUCUAGGGCCCCAGGCCAGAGAGCACUGGGGUCCACCAUGGGUGAGUGAGACCAGGCGGGACCCUCCUCUGAGCUGCAGGCUGGGCAGGAGCAGGAGGGUCCUCCAGGUCCUACCGCCGGCCGUGUGCCUCCCCAAGGUCGCUCCCAGCCCCGAGAACCCCCACUCCCCCAACCCCACUCUCAGCCGGGCUGGCACCCUCCGCGGUCACCCUCCCCACUGGCUGCCGGUCCUGGUCUGGAGUUAUUUUGAUGCCAUGAAGAGACUUUGUUAAUAUAUAAUGUUUAUAUAUUUUAAAGAUUUGUGCCAAGAGAGUAUAUUUAAUAAAAAUUAAAUUGACUUUU